ACAUCACAUCCCGGUUAGUAUUUGUCAUAAUGCCAUUUGUGCCUCACAAAACACAUAUUGUAAAUGUAGUCUGUGAUUAAUCAUGUUUUCAACAGGAGGAGCAGAGAUUCCUUCUGGCAGCAUUGUUCCAGAUACUGAUGGUGCUGCCAAAUCACAUACACCAGACAUGAGGAGGAGGAGGAAGACUCCACUGAGCCCAUUCAAAGUGCCAGACAAUAAUAGCCUUUUCCUGCUGAGUGUAAAUGAAAAAAGGGACAAAAAAGAGGAGAUGCAUAAAUUCCUGGCUUUGCCAAUUCAUGAGAAGAGGACCCACGCUGCUCGAAUGAUGGCCAAGCUGAGGAAAGAGCUGGAAGAACAAGUGGAGGAGGAGGUGGAGGAGGAGGAGGAGGAGGAAAAGGAGAAGAUAAAGAAUAUGAAACCAAUCAAGAGUAGGACAGUUCUCCCUAAACAAACACCUGCCAGACGUGAGCUGAAGAUGGCCAUGAUGAAACGAGAGAAUGUCACAAAAGACAGCAAACAUGACUUAAUCUUCAUGGAACGGCAGAAGGCAGUGUUGGAGUUAUCUCUGAUGACAAAGAGGUCUGAGAUCAUGAAGAUGGACAAGGCCCUUGAAAAAGAGGAGAGACAGCUGAGACAGCUUGAAAGAAUCAUUGAGAGAGACAACCUCCUCUUUGAGGAGUUCCUCAGGGAGAACGAGAAGAAGUCUGUGGAGGCCAGAACAUUUUUCGAACAGGAGGCCAAGUCCAAACAGGAGAAGAAUACUGAGAUCAAGAAACUGAAUGCUGAAAUAGGGAGCAUAAAGAGUGAAAUUGCCAAGUUUGAGGAAAUCCUGAUAGACUACAUAAGAUACAAGCAGCUUCUGUUUGAGUUGUCUCCUCCAGAGUGGCAGGAGGCGCAGAACGCUUUGAAAGCUAAAGUCGUGUCUGAAGGAGAUGCUCAGAACCAGCAGAACAGGGACCCUGAGGAGUUCGAUAUUAGAAAUGGUUUGGACGGCGAGGAUGCCGGUCCAGGUCAGGAGCUGCCGUCAAUCACAGACACCAGGCGGUCCUCAGCCCACAACGACACACUGAUCACAGCUUCUAGACUGGACGACAGCUCAGAAUAUGAGGAUGAGCCACAGCUGUACUUCACUGAUCCCCAGCAGCUAAUAGAUCUGGUGACAGAGCUGACAGAGCAGAACUUGUCCCUGAUUCAGAACUCUACCAGGGUGGAAGAGACCUUGGAAGAGCUCAGACAGUCCAUGGAGACAACCAGGAUAAAGAUUGAAAUAGAUGAAGAGCAGUUAACACUGCAGCUCAACGACAUAAACCAUAGAAUCGACGUAGAGACGGCAAGAGGCAACAAGCUCAGACAGAAGGUCCAGCUCCAUGUGUCACUGAACACUGAAGACCAGGAUGUGAUGUUGGACGCUCUGGGCGAGAAGGUGGUAGAGGUGCAUCACUGCUGCGUGGAUGACAGGAUCACCAACCUCAGCACCUUGGAGAAGCUGGCCAACAUCGAGAGCCGCAUGUCUUUACUGAUGCAGAGCCUGGAGAACAUCCCAGAGGAAAGCUUAGAGAUGAUGAAGAAGAUCAAGGACAGCGAGAGGAGGAGCAGACAGCGUGAGGAGAAGCAGAGAGAGCAGAGAGAGAAACAAAAGGAACGGAUGAGGAGGUAUUUGGAGAGAUCUUUGGCUGACUCCAAGAAAGUAAGUGGGAGGAAGCUCAUGCCCAGAUAUAAGCCUGUUGCCCAGAAAGUCAGAGUCAGCAAUGUGGACAACACCCCUGCUGAAGAUGAGCUGCAUGCCUACCUCUUCAUCGCUGAUGACAUAGAUUAAAAAACCCAAAAUAAAACCAAUAACAAUCAUUAAAUCGACACCAGCUGACGUUUUCAUAGUAAUAUCAUCAUAGUGUGAGAUAAAAGACCAGGGCAAUAAUGUGCAUGUGUAAAAGAACUAUGUGAAGUAUAAUAAAGAUAUCU